AUGCUCGCUCUCAGGUCAGCGCGUCAGCGCUCAUUAAGUUCCGCAUUGCCGGCACGAACUGCAAUUGCAGCCCAGCGGUCUUGUAUCAAUGUACAGGACUUCCAUUCCACCCCGAACCAGGCGGCAUCCAGAGCUACAUGGAUGCCCAUGCGGGUCAAAACGCCAUGGAUUGAUGCCUUGAGCCAGAGACGCGAGGCAGAGAAGAUUGAUCCUCGGCAAAGUGGCCAACAGACCAUCAAGCGUGAUCUCACGCCGAAGAGGAUGUCAGACAGCUUCUACAGUGCGGUCCUUCCUCUGGCCCAGGAUAAAUGGCUUCUAGAUUCUUACCUCAACGCGGAUGGACACAUCAGAUUAGGGUCAUUGCUGAUGGACCUGGACGCCUUUUCCGGCGUGGUGGCCGCUCGCCAUACCGGUGAUGGUGUCUCAACCGUCACUGCAGCUUGUGACCGAAUCACCAUUGAGAAUCCACUCAUGGAAAUCUGUGACCUGGAGUUGAGCGGCCAAUGCACAUAUGCCACCGGUCGAUCAAGUAUGGAGAUUUCUCUCCAGGUCACCAAGGCACGCCCAGAAGGCGUCGAAGCCAAGCCUGAAGAUGUCCUGAUCACCUGUGCUUUCACGAUGGUCUCGCUAGACCCCAUCACAAAACUACCCGUCCCAGUACCUCCUCUGAUCGUGGAGUCGGAAGAAGAGAAGCGCCUCUAUCUGAAGGGAGAAGAAAACUCCAAGGCCAAGAAAGCCCUUCGCACCCGCAGUCUCCUGCAAAAAGCACCCGAUGACGAGGAGAGUAAUCUGAUCCACUCAAUGUGGACAAAAGAAAUGUCCUACCUCAACCCCCAAAUCGCCACCACCCGUCCCAAAAACCAAGUGUUCAUGAGUGACACCGUCCUCAAAUCCGCCAUGAUCAUGCAGCCCCAAGAUCGCAACCGCCACAACUUCAUGAUCUUCGGUGGUUUCCUGCUCAAACAGACUUUCGAGCUGGCAUUCUGCUGCGCCGCCUCCUUUGCACAUGCUCGACCGAACUUCGUCGCUCUGGACCCUAGUACUUUUGAGAACCCGGUUCCCGUCGGCAGCGUGCUUUACCUGCGUGCGACGGUUUCGUAUACGGAGCCUGAGGAGCGCGAGGGCGAUAGCACUAAGUACACGAAGGUGCAGGUUCGCGUUGAUUCUAAGGUUCGUGAUGUUGAGCAUGGGACUAAGAAGUCUACUGGAAUGUUCAACUAUACUUUCCUUGUUGAGAAGGAUGUCCAGGUUAUGCCUAAGGGGUAUGGUGAGUUCAUGCUCUGGACUGAUGCGCGCAGAAGAGCACAGAAUGCUGCUGCUAUUGAUCCGGCUCAUAAAAUGAGUGCUCUGAGGAGUAUUAAGGACAGUGUUACCGAGUAG